CCUGUAAUUUUACAAAUUUAACCUUUUGAAAUUUGUUUUUCAUUUCGUGAAACUGGGUGGCAUCAGUAAGUAAUCAGAAACAAAAAGGUCCUCCUCUCUCUCAGUUAAGCGCACUCCACGGGCUCCGUUGAGCGACUUCUGAUAUUUCCAUUCUUCAUCGAAGCAGAUUCUGAGAAUAGGUUUGGGCUCAAGUCUUUCUGCAGUCGCUCCCGGUGGUAUCUCUCAUUUUAUGGCACUCUGUACACCCGGUGGUUGUCACUUCAUCAACCCCAAAAUUAGGGUUUCUCCAACCACUCUCCAUCUCCCUGCUCAAUUACCCAUCUUCAACAACCCCAUUUCUAAGAAUCUCAAAUUAACGAACUCAGUUACUGCAACUUCUCGAGCUUCAAUGACAGAUGACAAUGGCUCUCCUGCCACUUCCGCCUCCCAAAACACUGUUGGGCGAAUUGGGGAGGUGAAGAGAGUAACUAAAGAGACAAAUGUGUUUGUGAAGAUAAACUUGGAUGGUAAAGGGGUUACUGAUAGCAGCACUUCAGUCCCUUUCCUGGAUCAUAUGUUGGAUCAAUUGGCUUCACAUGGGCUAUUUGAUGUACAUGUGAGAGCUACGGGUGAUAUUCAUAUUGAUGAUCAUCACACUAAUGAAGAUGUCGCGCUUGCCCUUGGAACGGCUUUGCUACAAGCACUUGGUGACAGAAAAGGAAUCAAUAGAUUCGGUGACUUCUCUGCACCUCUGGAUGAAGCUUUGAUUCAUGUGUCACUGGAUUUAUCUGGAAGACCCCACUUGAGUUGUGAUCUACAAAUACCUACUGAGAGAGUCGGAACUUAUGAUACCCAGCUUGUGGAGCACUUUUUCCAGUCUUUGGUGAAUACUUCUGGCAUGACGCUUCACAUUCGGCAGAUUGCUGGAAAAAAUUCUCACCACAUUAUUGAGGCAACUUUCAAGGCCUUUGCCAGGGCUCUCAGGCAGGCUACAGAAUAUGAUUACCGUCGUGCAGGGACAGUACCAAGUUCAAAAGGGGUUCUAUCACGUGCUUGAUGAGAAGUUCAUCCAGGAGUUGUGCCCAAGGCAAUUUCCAUUGCUUCUGCACCUACAUGAUGCCUCAACUUCUUAAAGUAUUCAUCUAAGUGUCUCCAGCAGCAAGCCUGAUUAUUUUUUCGGUUCAGACAGAUCAUUAUGUCGCUUGACAUUUAAGUGCACACUAAGGGUGUGCUACAUUUGCCAGUAAUGUUGUUGGAAUGCGAAGGCAAGGAUCACAAAUUUAAGUGAACUAUAGAUCUGGUUUUUAUUUUUAUUUUUAUUUGUAGGUGAUCUGAGCAACUUUGUAGAAGUUAAACGUGGUAUUACUAUUGUAUGCACUUGGGUAUUACACUCAAAUUCAGUAAACAUGUCUGUAGAAUUGUAUCUAAAUUUUCUGUCCUCAGAUUGGGCUUCAUGUAAUUUAUCAAUGUGCAGCAAGCUGGGACCUUAAAAUUUCUGUUUUGAUAUACAAUUUGUCAAUUUGUAUCAAUCAUUACAUUAAGGGCU